CCCGCCCCUCCCCGCCUGCCCCCCGCCGGCAGAUCUACUACGCGGGCCGCUGCCCCACCCCACCCGACCGACGCCGGCCCUCCCUAGCCACGGUGAAUAUGACUUGUGCAUAGAUCGAGCUUCAAUCUGAUGGAUUCUGACGACAAGAAGUUUGGCAAAGGACCUAGGGAGCUCACUGGUGCUGUUGAUUUAAUAAGUCAGUACAAAUUGCAGCCGCACCAUGAUUUCUUUUGCAAGAGGCCUUUACCACUUGCAAUCUCAGAUACACAUUACCUUCACAAUGUUGUGGGGGACACUGAAAUUCGGAAAGGAGAAGGAAUGGAGCUAGAUCAACUCGUUCAGAAUGCAUACUUAAGGGAUAAGCCUGCUUAUAUUCAGCCCUUUGACAUGGAAACACUGGGGCAAGCAUUUCAGCUUCGAGAAACUGCUCCAGUAGAUUUACCCUCUGCUGAAAAAGGUAUACCUACUAUUUCGGGCAAACCGAAAAGUGAGUCGAAGGACAAAGAGAAAAAACAUAAAAAGCACAAAGACAAAGAUAAAGACAGGGAGCAUAAGAAGCACAAACAUCGACAUAAGGAUCGGUCUAAAGAGAAAGACAAGGACAAGGAUAAGAAAAAGGAUAAGCAUCAUGAGAAGAAGAGGAAGCAUGAGGGGACGGAGGAUUCGGCAGAUGUGCAUAAGCACAAAAAAAGCAAGGUGAUAUACAAUUAUUAUUUGCUUCCUGGUACAACAAAUUUCCUUGCAGCACAUUUUGUUGGUCUGUUAACAUGACUUAUCUAUGGCAGCAUAAGAGUUCCAAAACCGAUGAGAUGGGUAAUGGACUUAGUUAGCUACAGUUUUCUUCUUACUUCUAUUGUCAAUCAAUGUCAUAUUCUGUUAGAAGGAGGCUCAAAAUGUUUCCUUCACCAGACCCGCUGCAGAUCAAUUGAUAUCAUGAAUGGCUGUUUAUUUGAAGGUGCUUCAGAUGAGCGUCUUGCGUGCUGCUAAUUACGUUGUUCUUGCAGUGUGGACCAUGUGGAAAAUGUAACUUGUAACAUGGGACAACCCAACUGUAUUUUGCUACCUUUUGUCCCUCGCUGACUAAAUUGGUUGCCUUGUAGGAACAUUUAGAUAGGUCUUCUAAUGAGAUUUUCUCUCUUAAGAUUAGGAAAUCUGAAUAGGUGUUUUUGAUGAAACUAUUCUUAAGACUAGGAGCAGCCAACUAUUUCAUUUAGAAAAGACUUCUAAUGAUACUUUCUUAAAGGUUAGGACAUCUGGGUAUUUUGUUUUUUGAUGAGACAAUUUUUGAAGACUAGAGCAGUCUGCUGUUUUCUUUGGAUAGGGCUUCUAAGGAGAUUCUUUUAAAAAUUAGGACAUUUGAGUAGGUCCAUUUAAUGAGACAUUUAUCAAAGAAUAGGAGCAGUCCAUUACCCUGAUCAGGCAUGUGGUUAAAUUGUUGAUCUAGAAUGAAAUAAUGGUCAGAAGUUAUUUGUAUGAUCUGUAAA